UAUUGACUUCAUAUAGGCACACCAGCCACUAGCCAUUUUCCACUUGUAAAAUCCUUUAGGUGUGCAAUGGGGGUUUUGUUGUUGAAAAGUAUGCUCUUAUCCCUAUCCUAAAACUUUUUUUUCUUUCUACAGGGAAAUCGCAAACACCAAGUCUUCACAGGAAGUGUUCCUCGAUCUUGCAUCCAAAAUUGAAAGAAACCAAAGAUGCAAGUUUAACAUAAAUAGGUCGGCAGUUCUGGAUGGUGACUUUCCUACAAUCCUGCAUCCCAGAUGUUCGUCAAGUUUUCCGAUGACUUGGGAAUAGAUGAAGAGGCUGUGGACCUCGGUGGCCCAAGGAGAGAGUUUUUAAGACUCCUUAUGGAAGCAUUGGCACUGUCACCAAUGUUUGAAGGAAGGGAAAGCAAAUUGAACUUGGCUCUACACAGUACUGCUUUAAGAGAAGAUCGGUAUUUCAUUGCUGGACAGGCCAUUGCUGUUAGCCUUGUUCAUGGGGGUCCUCCACCAGGAUUCCUUGCACCAACACUGUAUUCAUGUCUUGUUGGUGGGCACUCCUCAAUUAAGCCUGACUUGGAGGACAUUGUUGACGCUGACCUUUAUGAAAAGGUUAAAAAGGUGUCAGAAUGUUCUUCUUUGAAUGACCUCUUACACACCACAGAACCACUGCAAGAUUUUCUUGCAAAUGCAGGAUGUCUCAGGCCGUUGAAAUCCAUAGAAGACAUUACCAUGUUCCAGGUGGCCCACAGAGUUGCAGGAGCAUUUCAAAGAUUUAAGGAGGGGCUAAAGGUCCUUAGCGUUCUAGAUGCAAUUAAAAUGCAUCCAGAAAGUUUCCGGCCUUUGAUGUGCCACGAACCAUCGGCUCUCACUGCUUGCGUAAUGGACCAUCUUUUCCAUAUCCUGCUGUCUGAAGUGGGAAGCAACAAAAGAAGGACAGAGGAGGUUGUGGUAGCCUUUUGGAGGGAUUACCUGCAGGAUGUGGAAGAUCAAGUGGGACCACCAAAGUUAGGGACAAUCCUUGCCUUUGCAACAGGUGCAAGUGUCAUUCCUCCAGUUGGCUUCUCUCCUCAGCCAUCAAUUGAUUUCCUGCAUGGGCAUCCCUCCAGCCCCAAACAGCGUCUGCCCAUGGCGAACACUUGCAUAAACUGCCUGAAGUUGCCGCUGCUUGAGACUUAUGAUGAUUUUAAAGAGUGCAUGGACUUUGCACUAGGUAACACACAGGGUUUUGGAAGAGAGUAAUGGGAACACUAUGUUCGUUCCAUCUACCUCGUUCAGGAGGUUUCAGCCAGGUUCUUGAAGCAAUGUGAACAACAAUUUUUGUUUUUUAUUUUAGCGAAGUGCAAAAAAACAUUAUUCUUUGAAAGUCACUUUUAUUAUUUAUCAACCAUUGUACAUUGCUUUAUUAGUGCUGAUUGAGUAACUGGGCACAUAAUUAAGGUAUUAUGGCCCAGUGGUGCAACAAAUCACAUAAAUAUAUAACUGUUACUUUCAGUGUGUAUAAAAAAAAAA